AUGUCUGUCGAAACGAUCACGACCAUCUCCCCGACAACCAACGAGCCGAUCCUAACGCGCAAUGGCAUCUCCUCGCAAGAGCUAGAGCAACUUCCCGAGAUUGCCACUCAAGCCUUUGAAUCAUGGCGCAAGACUUCGCUAGAACAGCGUCGAGACAUCAUCAAGAAGGCGCUGGGCAUACUCGACAAGAAAAAGGAUGAGCUGGCCACGGAACUCACCGUCCAGAUGGGCCGGCCCAUUGCUUACACGGGUGGGGAGGUUACCACAGCCUUGAAGAGGGCAGAGUACCUCCUCAAGAUCAGCGAUGACGUGCUCCAGGAUACACCGGGUGAGGCGGAGAAGGGCUUCAAGAGGUUCAUCCGCAAGGUGCCGGUGGGGCCGGUCCUCAUCAUCUUUGCUUGGAACUAUCCGUAUCUGAUUCUCGUCAAUGCCCUGAUUCCGGCGCUCCUGAGCGGGAACUCGGUCAUCCUCAAGCCGUCUCCGCAGACGCCGACUAUCGUCGAGCAGGUCGCCAAGGCCUUUAGCGAAGCUGGCCUCCCCAGCGGCGUGCUCCAAUACUUCCACUCUGGCUCACCUACGAUUAUUGAGUCGAUUGUGAGAAACCCCAAAGUCGCUUUGGUGUGCUUCACGGGUUCUGUGGCUGGCGGCUUGGCUGUCCAGGGUGCAGCAUCAGACCGCAUCGUCAACGUUGGCCUAGAGUUGGGAGGAAAGGACCCGGCAUACGUCCGUGAAGAUGUUGACAUUGCAUGGGCAGCCGGGGAGAUUGUAGACGGCGCAGUGUUCAACUCGGGCCAGAGCUGCUGCUCGAUAGAGCGCGUGUACGUCUCUGAGAAGAUCCACGACGAAUUUGUCAUAGCGAUCCAGGACGUUCUGAAGGGAUACAAGCUCGGCGACCCUUUGGACAAAGACACACAUCUUGGCCCGGUCAUCUCGAAGAGGUCUCAGGAGACCAUUGAGCAGCACGUCAAGGACGCAUUGGACAAGGGCGCCGUCAACGCCACCCCCGCAAAUGAAACGUUCAGCAAGCUCCCAGAGCGAGGGAAUUUUGUCGUCCCGACGCUGCUGACAAACGUCACUCAUGACAUGAAAAUCAUGAAAGACGAAACCUUCGGCCCCGUCAUCCCAGUUAUGAAAGUGAAGGGCGAUGACGAGGCUGUGAAACUGAUGAACGACAGCGAGUUCGGCCUGACAGCCAGCAUCUGGACAAAAGAUACUGACAAGGGUUACGAGCUGUGUGAUGGUGUUGAAGCUGGAACCGUUUUUGUCAAUCGUUGCGAUUUCCCGAGUCCUGACCUGGCCUGGACUGGAUGGAAGAACUCCGGAAAGGGCGUCACAUUGAGCAAAUAUGGUUUUGACCAAUUUGUUAAGCUGAAGAGCUAUCACUUGAAGGACUACCCUAAAUAG